ACCAAAAUCCAAUUCCCAAUCAGACAGGGAAGCGACAGGUCUUAUGUUCUCACUUCUAUAAAACCUUUGUGUUCAUCGACUUUGCCGCUGUUGAAUUCACUGUCCAAACCCCAAACAUCAAACUCCGAUUGUAUGUUUUCCUUCUUGUCUCUCUUCUCUUUAGAUAAUAAUUAGCCCGAAACCCCCUCCCCUUUUAAUGAAGUCAGAAUGGCGAUGACAGAUAGCUGUAAGAGACUUGCAGUUGGAGGGGACAAACUCGAUAGGCUUACGGAUCUUCCUAUUAAUGUUAUACACCAGAUUCAGGAUCACAUGUCUAUUGAGGAUGCUGCAAAAAUGAGUGUUUUGUCUAGAGAAUGGAGAUAUGUUUGGGUUUCAAACCCGAAGCUCGCAUUUGGUGCACAGUUUUACAAAAAGAGAAAGCUAUCCACCACAACAGACGUCAUUAGUACAAUUGUCUCGCAGCACCAUGGAGUAAUUAAGAAGUUCCACUCAAUAAUACAUUCUUCUCAGCACUCAGUUGUUGAUGAAUGGAUGCUAUUGUUGUCAGGAAAUGGUCUCACUGAUCUCACCCUUCAUAACCUAACCAAUUCCAAGGCUCCAUACAGAUUGCCUUCCUGUGUGUACGGUGUGGAACUAGAACGGUUAGUCCUGUGGAACUGCAUUUUCAGGCCGCCAUGCAGUUUUAGGGGUUUCCACAAGCUCAAAAGGCUUAAUCUAAAGCAAGUGUCCUUUGAAUUAGACAUUUCAACUGCUUCCCUCUGGAUGCCAAACCUUGAGAGACUGAAUUUUAUGCAAUGCAGCGGUCUUCGUCACUUAAAUAUAUAUGCACCUGAACUUUUACUUUUAACAUUCUAUGGCUGUGGCACUGACGCCCUUAAACCGGGUCCCUUCAUGGACUGUGUGAAGCUGGAAAGUGCUGGAGUUUCAUUCCAAGAAGAAGUUUCACAAAACAGACAAGAUAAAGCAGUGAAAUUGACAAAUCUUCUCAGCAGCUGGCCUAACAUUAGUUUUCUUCUUCUGGACCGGUACUUUCUCAAGCUUUUGCUUCUGGUACUGAAGUGGAUGGGCUUCCCACGAGCCUCAGCAGAUUGAGAGUUGUCUAUCUUCACAAUUACAAUUUCGACGGUGAAAAUCAAAUAUCUCCCCUUGUAUGCAUCCUCAGAAGUUGUCCCAAUUUGAAGGAACUUAUAUUUCUUUUGGGCAAGAGGAAGAAAAGUGGCAUGAAAUUGGAUGUAAAUCUUCUUGAAGGACCAGGCUCAGGCUGCAAUAACCUUCAAAUUUUGCAAAUAAAAAAGUUCCAUGGUUCAACAACUGAAUUGUGGUUUGUAAAGUUUAUACUUGUCUUUGCCCCUUUACUCAGGAAGGCCAUCCUUUUGGUAGAGAGAAGUGUUGGUGAAAGACAAUUCUCGAAAAUCUCAAACAAGUUGAAGCAGCUUCCUCGAGCAUCUCCUAAUUCGGAAAUAAUAUACAAACAAUACUGUUCGGUAAAACAAGCCAGGCACGGUUGAGAGAGCAUACCCCUCUUCUUGACUUAUGUCUGUUUUUGUGACUACUUAUGAGAGAGCAGAGGAUCCUAUAUUGUGUAAAAUUUGAAGGAAAUUUGACUUCAUUUCUCAUAAAUAGCACUUCUUCAAACAUGUAUUAUCCAUUCAUCCA